AUGUUUUCUGUAAGAAGAGAUCGUAAUAUUUGUCUCACAUUAUGUUUAAUAAUAGUGUUUUUUAUACAUUUAGUGUAUGGACAUUCACAUUCCCACGAGCCCCCAUCAUUCAAGUACAGUAAAACCGCUAACAUAAAAGAUGCACCUGAAACUAAUUAUGAUUUAUAUGUUAAAGCUUUAAGCUCUACUAUUUUUAUAAGCGUAGUGCCAUUUUUAAUAUUGUUCUUUAUUCCUAUUGAUGGUACCAUAGAAAAGCAGCCAUUACUUAAGGUUUUAUUGUCGUUUGCCUCUGGUGGACUUCUUGGAGAUGCAUUCCUUCACUUAAUUCCUCAUGCACUUAUGAGCACAAGUUCCAGUGAUGGAAGUCACAGCCACAGCCACUCACAUGGAGGCAAUCAUUCUCAUGAUGAACAUGGACCACAUGAUAUAACAGUUGGGCUUGGAGUAUUAGGAGGAAUAAUUACAUUUCUUGUUGUUGAAAAAUCUGUGAGACUCUUUAGUGGAGCGCAUGGACACUCACAUGUUUCGGACAAGAAAAAAGAUGAUAAAAACAAAAAAAUACAAAAGUCUAAAAAAGAAGAGAUCAAAAUUGCAGGAUAUCUGAACCUGGCUGCGGACUUUACUCAUAAUUUCACUGAUGGCUUAGCUAUUGGUGCAUCAUUUAUAGCUGGGCAGAAUAUUGGUUUUAUUACAACAAUUACAAUAUUACUUCACGAGAUACCCCAUGAAAUAGGAGAUUUUGCUAUUUUAGUGCAAUCUGGCUGUUCACGAAAGAAGGCUAUGCUUUUGCAGUUGCUUACUGCAUUUGGGGCAAUAUCUGGAACAGUGUUGUCAAUUUACCUUCAAGGAUCUAGUGAAGGACUUGUCUCUUCUUUAAUUUUACCCUUUACUGCUGGUGGAUUUAUUUAUAUAGCUACAGUUUCAGUGAUUCCUGAAUUGUUAGAAGGAUCAAAUAAACUUUCUCAAUCAAUUAAGGAAAUACUAGCCUUAUUAGCUGGAGUGUAUAUGAUGGUCAUCAUUGCUCAGUAUGAAUAA